GUUUUAAAUAUAAUUUUAAAACAUAUUAAUAUUUUAUGUUUUUUACACAAUUUUUGUUUUUACACAAAAUAGUUUAAAACAUAAAAAUUAAUGCUGUUUAACGAAAGAAAACAGUUUUUUUGUGUUAUGAACGAGCUAAUUAUAUCUGUAAAUUCGAAAAAUGUUCAUCUCGAAAAAGUAACCACAUAAAUGUCAUUAAAUGCUACUAAAACAAAUUUAGAAGAAUCUUAUAACGCUGUUGAAAUUCUCAUCAUAGUGUUAUUUUCAAUAAUCUUUGCACUUGGUACCGUUGGUAAUUUUUUUGUCUUUUUUUAUUUUGGAGUAAAAAUACGACCUGCUAUACCAGAGUUCUUGUUUUGCGCCCUAGCAGUGGUAGAUUUUUUCGCUUCUGUUUUCAACCCACUUUUAUAUGUAUAUUGGACUUUAACACGGUAUAAAUGGUACUUUGGUUAUUGGGCGUGUAAAUUUCUAGUUCCAAUUGGAACAAUCGCUACAACAAUGUCGGGUGGAAUAUUUAUCGUUUUAUCAUUUGAUCGUCAACGUACUAUUGUUUAUCCUUUUAAAAGACACUUCAAGCUAGUUUAUAUUAAACUUAGUAUUUUUUUGAUUCUAAUAUAUGCCCUAGUAAUGAACGCACAUUAUGCCUUACAUAUAACUUUAAAUGUUGAAACAAACAAAUGUGGUGUACCUGACACAAGAAAAAAAACCUACCUUGUGCCUAGCAUUUUUUACUUUUUUAUUAAUGUGUGCACUCUUUUUGUUGUCAUUAACUUUACAAAUUAUCGCAUAUUUUCAAAAAUGGUUAACCAAAGCCCGACAAGCACGCUAUUUUUAGGUAGCGGGGCAAAAAGACGCAAGAAAGAUAAUUAUAGGAUAAUACGGUUGUUAAUUGCGCUGACAACAGUUUUUUUUCUUUUAACAGUACCACGUGACAUUUUUCAAUUUGUUUUUUUAAUCAGUUGGAGUUUUGGUAAUGGUUUACGCAUUUCAAAGUCAAUUUUGACUUUAAACUCGUUUUUAAAAGUCUUUAAUGUGGCUAAUUCUUGCAUAAACCCAUUGAUAUAUUAUUGGAUGCACUUUGGUUUUAAAAGAUUUAUAAUGCAAAGUUGUGGUAUUAAAAGUAAAAUGUUGAUUAGAGGAAGAACUAGCGAAUUUAAUUCAACAAAACGAUUUUCAAUGUCGAGCCUAAAAAAUAAUUUUAAUUAAAAUGUGUUUCUACUUUAAGUUUUUGUACUUUAAUUGGUUAUAAACAAUAAAUAAUGACAAAUACAAAAAGUAUCAUCGUUAUAACGUUGGUUUAAUUAAGGUGUAAAUAUGUGCAAAAAUAUUCAUAACAUUUUUAAUUUUCA